GCAGUCGCUGCAAAUGGCAUCAAACGCAAAGCAAACUGUGUUGAGGCAACAACUGUCGGAGCAACAGGAGCAGCAAACGAUUCAAUUGACAAUAUCUCUACAUCGAGCACAAUCAGCAGAACAGAGCAACAUGUCUCGCUAUCAGCAACUUGCCAACGAGAGAAGCAGCCGCCAGCAGGGGCAGCAGAUGUACUACCCCCAGCCGCCCAGUGUGGGCUACCAUCUCUACUUGUAUCGGGAGCAGCUGGCCAGAAAGAAUGUGGAGUACAUGCGUCUAUCGAAGGCCAAGUACUUCAUCACCGAAACGCUGCUGGCCAAGACGGUGCGCAACUUGAAAGCCUGCAGCCUGGACGAGCUGAAGACCGUGAACAAUCAGAUUGUGUUCAAGCACAAGCUCAAGCAUCAGAUCUACCGCCUACGAAAGCUGCAAAAUCUGGGCAUUAGGAAUGCCAAUCCGCAGAUGGAGAGCACUGAGCUCUAGGGCAACGAACGCAAGAUCUAUCCUAAGUUAGUUUUUAGUGGCGGGCACUGCAUGUAAUGUAAAACUAUCGAAUAAGUUCUUAGCUGGUAAAUGAUUUUAACUGUUGAAUGAGCUUUUAAUAUAACUAAAAGUCAUACCUAAUAGUUGUAGGCAAUUAAAGAAACGAUUCAAUUUAAAUGCAUAUGGAAAUGUCUCUUGUAUUUUUGGCUUAAAUAAAUCUGACAUAUUUGACCGCCACGCAAAACCAGUCGCACCACCCACACUA